UGCUUCCCCAUCGCCAUGGAGGCUUCUCUUGUCGUCUGCACCCUCGCUGCUCUCCUGGCUACGGGGGCCUGUCUGCAGUGUGAGGUUUGCUUCGGCCUAGCAACCAGCUGCACAGGCGACCUAGAGACCUGCGCGGCCGGGGAAGACUCCUGUGGCGUCGCUCUGACAGAAUCCACACUGGCGGGAAUUAAGACCCAGAGCAUUCUCAAGGGCUGUAUGCCGUCGAGUCAAUGUAAAGCCGGCCCCGUCUCUGUGAAUUUUGGGCAGGGAAUGAGAACACAGACAAGCUUUGCCUGCUGCGUGGGAGACGCCUGCAGAACAACCACCGUUACUGUGCCCCCGGCUGACACCACACCCAACGGCCGGCGCUGCCCAGCCUGCGUCGCUGUGUUUGCUGAUCAGUGCAGCGAGAAGACCAUACAGUGCACGGGCGACGAGACCCGAUGUGUCGACAUCGUCGAGACCCUAACAGCUGGUGGAAAUCCAGUGCAGAUGGUCAUGAAGGGCUGCGCUUCCGAGUCCGUCUGCGCCCAGAUAAAAUUGGGUUCGUCGACCUUCGCAGGGCUCAGUGCUGAUCUAACCACGGCCAAAUGCACAGUGGCCUCCGGCGCGGUGGAGGUGGCACCAGGGCCAGGCGGGCUCCUGCUGCUGAAGCUUCGCUCCUGA